GGGCUGCGUGAACCUGUGCUUCUUUGCUUCUGUCCAUUAGAUCGCAGCCUCUUGGAUACCAGCCGGUCUCUACAGGAGGUGUUGCUGGGGCUGCUUGCUCCCACACCUGAAUUCACAUUCCUCCUCCGCCACUCACUACAGCAGGAUGGAGCCAGGUGAGGAACUGGAGGAGGAGGACUCUCCGGGUGGCCGAGAGGAUGGCUUCACUGCUGAGCACCUGGCUGCGGAGGCCAUGGCAGCUGACAUGGACCCCUGGCUGGUGUUCGAUGCCCGCACUACACCUCCUGCUGAGCUGGAUGCCUGGUUGGCCAAGUACCCACCAUCCCAAGUCACACGCUAUGGGGACCCCGGUUCACCCAACUCUGAACCUGUGGGCUGGAUUGCAGCCUAUGGGCAGGGCUAUACCCCCAACUCAGGUGAUGUACAGGGCCUGCAGGCAGCCUGGGAGGCUCUGCAGACCAGCGGGCGGCCUAUCACACCAGGUACCCUGCGCCAGCUGGCCAUCACCCACCAUGUGCUUUCAGGCAAGUGGCUGAUUCACCUGGCACCUGGCUUCAAGCUGGACCAUGCCUGGGCUGGCAUUGCCCGGGCUGUGGUUGAGGGCCGACUUCAGGUGGCCAAGGUGAGCCCACGGGCCAAGGAGGGUGGGCGCCAGGUCAUCUGUGUUUACACGGACGACUUUACGGACCGCUUAGGUGUACUGGAGGCAGAUUCGGCCAUCCGUGCGGCAGGCAUUAAGUGUCUGCUCACCUACAAGCCAGAUGUCUACACCUACCUGGGCAUCUACCGGGCCAAUCGCUGGCAUCUCUGCCCUACUCUCUAUGAGAGCCGUUUCCAGCUUGGAGGCAAUUCGCGUGGCUCUCGGGUGCUGGACCGUGCCAACAAUGUGGAACUCACCUAAUAAGGCCAAAUGGGGGAGACUGUCCUCUAUCCCCACCCUGCUGAGGAUGGACCCAACUGUCUUCCUCCUCCUCGUCCCAAGGCCAAAACCCCCCAGCUCUGAGGAUUAGGUUACUUGGUAACUUCCUGCAUCUUCAGUCCCCUGGAACUUUUGCCCUUUGUUCAGGGCUGGCUCCAGCCCCAAAAGACUUGGGGCUUGGCUCCCUGAGGGGCAAGCCCUCAGCCUUCCUCUUUGCUGCUCCCAUCACUGCCCAGGAUCACAGUUUGGGUGCAGAUACUCAAGAAGAGAACCUUCCUUGGCCACCCUUGUCCCCAGCUAUACCUACCCCUCCUCCUGCAUUCUUCCCUUCUUUCCUUCCUUCCUCUCAAGGGGGGAAACUUAGUGCUUCCAUUCGCUCUCCUUGGAGCCAUCAUAGUCCAGGGGACAGGGGCCCUGCAGGACUGAGCAUGCCAUUUUGUUGGGAGGGUCGUUGUGCCUGCUCAUCCCCUGGCAGAAAGGGGAUGCAAGGCCGCAACAUGGGGCCUGCCCCUCCCUGCCCACUCACAGUCUGCACCAUCUUCCUCCCUUCUCUGGCUACCUUGACAUGUGCCUGUUCCUGGCAUUUCAAUAAAACCCAGCUUGGGUCUGUGUCUUGA